UAAGUGUCAAAUCGAAGCUCACACUUGGUGUAUAGACUUCUGAGAUGAUAAAAUUUCAGUUUUUUACAUAACUUGAACAUCAAAUGACAUCAACAAAAAAAACGAACCAUCAACAAAUCGAGUGCUUUUGAGACAAAACAAUCAAAGUGAAUAUAAUUGCUUUGCGGUUGAUUGUCUGCAAAAUGUCUGGUUUAAAUCGGAUGCACAGAAUUUUGCAAGUUUACAUCAAGUCUCAAUUCAAAAACGACCUCACAAUUAUUACAUGGUCACGUGGUUUUGCCACACAAACAAAUCCAAAUCAACGUACAUCUGAAGGGCCAAUAAAAUGUCUGCAGGAAAAGAUCAAUUCUGGCGAAUUAAAGCCAGACGAGCAUCAGAUCAAGGUUAUGGACGAUUUGCAAAAGCUUUACUACACGAUCCAAACAUACGUACCAGCUGAAAUUCCAUCACAAAGUUCUUUAUUCAAAUGGUUACCAAUCAAAAGUACAAAACCAAAGAAGAACAAUGCACCGAAAGGACUUUAUAUCUAUGGAAGUGUUGGUGGCGGCAAAACUACAUUAAUGGACCUAUUUUAUGAUAGCUGCUCGACGAUAUCGAAAAAGAAGCGAAUCCAUUUCAAUUCAUUUAUGACGGAUGUGCAUGCAAAAAUUCACGAGGUCAAAGAAAAGGAGAGCAAAAUCUAUCAGUAUGUGGGAAGUGAUAAAGCAAAUCCGUUCGAUCCAACGCAACCAGUCGCUGAUAUGAUCACAAAAGAUACAUGGCUGCUGUGUUUUGAUGAAUUUCAGGUAGUUGAUAUUGGUGAUGCAAUGAUUCUCAAAAGAUUGUUCACCCAUUUGUUCGAUCGGGGUAUAAUAAUGAUAGCGACAAGCAAUCGACCACCGGAUGAUUUGUACAAAAAUGGUUUACAACGUAGCAAUUUUCUGCCAUUUAUUGAUAUUUUGAAGGAACGCUGCGAUGUCAGCUCAUUGGACAGUGGAAUUGACUACAGAACAAUAGCGAUUAAAGGCGAUGGAACAAACUUUUUUGUGAAAUCAAAAUGCAAUGCGGACGAGGAGUUAAAUAGGGUAUUUAAAAUUCUGUCUAGUCAAGAGAAUGAUAUAGUACGACCACGUACGAUUACACAUUUGGGAAGAGACUUAAUAUUCGACAAAACAUGCGGCCAAGUUUUAUUUAGCACAUUCGAUGAUCUGUGCGAUCGACCAUUAGCGGCAAAUGACUAUCUUCAAAUAUCACAAUACUUUCACACGGUCAUAAUAAAAGAUAUUCCACGUUUGACACUCGAUCAAAAAUCACAGGCACGACGAUUUAUUACACUCAUCGAUACGUUGUAUGAUAAUAGAGUACGGGUGGUCGCUUCUUCGGAUGUUCCUUUAGAUCAGUUAUUUUCGAAAGAGAAAAAAGACGAAGGAUUUAUUUCGGAUGAGCAUCGAAAACUUAUGGAUGAUUUGCAAAUAUCACCCGAUUCUGAUCAAGCGGCUGCCAAUGUGUUUACCAGCGACGAAGAGAUAUUUGCGUUUCAGCGAACGGUGUCGCGAUUAUCUGAAAUGCAAGGUAGUGAAUAUUGGGAACAAUGGACAAAGAAGUCACACUAAUCGCACAACUUCUAUCGAACGAAAUCGAUAAUAAAAAGAAACUUAAUGGCAUAACAGUACUUAUUAUUGUGUGCAAUGCUUAAUUUGGGAAAAA